CGUGUGCGUGUGGCAGAGGAGACAGGAAUAGCUGCGAGGUUGUCUUCCUUUGUCGAGGUUUUUCUGGAUUUUCAAACUGCAGGAUGAGGCCCGGCAGUAAGAUUAGCCUGAGCUACGUGUCCGAGCAACGGAUUCAGCAGCUGGAGCAGAAGCUACGAGCUAAAGAAGAAAGAAUAAUUGUGCUGGAAACAGAAAAUGCCCUUCUGCAUCUCAAGCUUGCAAAGAAUCAAGGAAUGAUAGGGAAAAUGUCAGCUGAAGAAGCAAAUAAUAGCUUUGGUCAUUACAAGCAUCAGAAGUGCCAUGGAAGCGCCAGAUCCAUUGUAAUCCAGCUUCAUGAAGCCAUACAGAGAUUGAAACAAGACAUGAAGAAUCUCCAUUUGUCUGCCCUUGCAUUUUCAAGAGACUUCCAGCAUCAGGGCAAGACUUGCCUCUACCAGAUUUUGACUGCUGUCCAAAGGCUUGAGCUACAUAAUGACGCUAUACAAACAUUUCAGAGCAGAGCACUUGAACUUGAACAAUCCUUGCAUGAAAUAAACGAGAAAUACCUGAAAGAAAAACAAAUGAGAAAAGUACUUCAUAACAGUUUAAUUGAACUAAGGGGCAAUAUCCGGGUCCGCUGCAGGAUCCGCCCAUUAUUACCAUUUGAUAUGGCUUCUGGAGAGUCAGACUUAAAAGACAGGCAGAGAAACUUUUCAGAAAACGUGGUGUGUGCAGUUGAUGAUGAAACUGUCUUUGUGAAAUGCAGCCGUCCUGGUCAUGCUUUGAUAAACAAGACGUUCCAGUAUGAAAGAGUUUACAGCGCUCUUGAUUCUCAAGUGACAGUGUUUGCAGAUGUAUCGCCUUUGCUAACCUCUCUGUUGGAUGGGUACAAUGUGUGCAUUAUGGCUUAUGGGCAGACUGGGAGCGGGAAAACAUACACAAUGUUGGGUCCGCAGCCUGAUAGUAAUUUCACUUUCCCCAUGGACGAUGAGCCAAACUUAGGAAUUAUUCCUAGAGCCACCAAAGAAGUGUUCAGACUCCUUUCAGAAAAGCCACUAGGAAGCCAUUGGGUUGAGGUUUCUGUUGUAGAAGUAUAUAAUAAUGAAGUUUUAGAUCUUCUCGCCAAAGACAACUGUGGAAGAAUGAGUGGUGUCAAAAGGGACAUAAUCACAAAUAAGGAAGGCAAGAGCAAUAUCCCACUUCUUACCUAUGAGCCUGUUGAAGAUGCUGUGGAGGUUUUGGAACUAGUUAAUAUGGGCGUACAAUUGAGAGUCAAGCAUCCAACACUUGUACAUGGUCAUUCCUCUCAUUCUCAUCUUCUGAUAACCUUGACAAUAACCACAAAGGCAGUCUCGGAGGAUAACUUGGCUAUUCCCUGGGCAGGUGACCAUUCUAGUCAAAAGACGGGUAAAGAACAUAUCUUUACCUCUCCUCAUGCAGUGAAAGAUGACAAGCCCUCCCUUCCUUCCAGAGUUUCUUCGCCGACUCAGUUCUUCAGUGAAUCUACAGAGAAGCUUAAGAGAUUGAGAACAAAACUGCAACUGGUGGAUUUGGCUGGCAGUGAAUGUGCUGGUAUGUCUGGUGUGACUGGAUCAGUCCUGAGAGAGACAUCCUUCAUUAAUCGCAGCCUGUCUGCUCUAGCUGAUGUGCUUCAAGCCAUAUCAGAACAGCGCUCUCAUGUGCCAUAUCGAAACAGCAAACUCACACAUUUACUUCAGGAUUCCAUAGGGGGCGAUGCGAAGUUGCUGCUGGUGCUGUGUGUCUCCCCCAGCCAAAAGUAUGUAACAGAGACACUACAAACUCUGGGGUUCGGAUCUCGCACCCGGCAAGUUCAGAGAGGGCAAGCGAAGAAAAGAAACCAAUCGGUGCUAAGCAAAUCCAAAUAAGACACAAGACUCCUUGGAUUAAAGCAUUAUCAAUGAGUUCCUCAGAUUGAAAUAUAUCUUGCUGUCAUGAAACUGAAAACUGCCACUUAAAAUAAGCACUCCUCAUUGGCAAGCCAUAAACUUGCUUGGCAAUGUCUUUCUUCCAAGAAUAAUGGCAUGUAUUAACAAAGAUCUAUCACAUAGGGUAGAUGAACACAUCUAUAAUUCCUUUUAGGGAAAGCAGCAGUAUGAUAGUGUUUUACAGGACCAAUAGGCAUAGCAAAACAAGAGCAGAACCCCCAUGAUCCUAAUCUCUGUUACGCAAUGCUGUUAGCUAACAAAGUUGAGUAACAAGAGUAUGCCAGACACUCUGUGGUGCAUACUGGGUAGCAUAUAUCAUGUCUUGAAAGGCUUACCUUUCAGACUUGUAUAGUAUGAUCAUAUAAUACACACAAGUGUAGAAACAAUUUUUAAUUAUUUAUUAUGUAUUUAUAUACUGCCCUUCAACCAACUGACCCAGGAUGAUGAACAACAAUGUAAACAACAGCAAAAACAAUGUAACAAUGACAAUAAAAAAGCAAUGAUUAAAAGCAUCAGAUUGAAACAAUUCAGGUUCAUAGCUUUAAAUGCCUAGAAGAAUAAAAAAGUAUUCACCUGGUACACAACAGAUAGCAAAAUAGGUGCCAGGUGAGUAUCUUUGUGGAGGGAGUUCCAUAAAUGGGCUUUCACAUGUAAAUUAUUGUUAUCCAAAUUCUUAUGGAUUAUGGAAAUCAGCAUCUAGAUUUUUUUUCUCUUUAGAUCAAGUUUCUAGCUCUUAAGUUUGCAGUCCUGUGCACACUUACUUGGAAGUACGCCAAUUGCUUCUGAGUAAACAAUCAUGGGAUUGGACUCCAUGCUAGGCUUGAUAUGCA